UCGACCUCUGAUAGGCUCAGCAGAGCGUCUCAUCCGUCUUUUAGGAAACCCUUGAGUUCACAGGAUUCAGCUUGGACGUGUCAUGAGUACAGAAAACCGAAAGGAGACUAUUGAUAUAGGUGACUUUAUUCACUCGUUGCUCUUAAAGGAAAUCUGUCGUGAUUAACCUUUAGAGUCGUUUAGGUGUUGUGUUGGAUCUUGGCUCUUUCACAUGUGAGUUUUACUCCAGCAAUGGAACCCUGGCCUAUUAUGGCCUGGGGCUUAAUGCUGAGUGCCAUCACUGGCUGGAUAAAAACGGUUCAAUCCAGGGACUUCACAGAAAAAGACAUAAUUUUCCUUCAUCCCUCCACCACUCCAUAUCCAGGAGGAUUUAAAUGUUUUACUUGUGAAGAUGCACCUGACAACUAUGAAUGCAAUCGAUGGGCUCCAGAUCAGUAUUGUCCAAGAGAGAGCAGAUACUGCUUCACACGUCAUACGAUGAGCUGGAAUGGAAGCACGGUUGCGGUGACGAAACGCUGCGUGGCGCUGGAUGACUGUCUAACAACAGGGUGUUCUGAUAUAGAUCAUGAAGGAAACAAGGUGUGCACAUCCUGUUGUGAAGGGAACAUCUGCAACUUGCCCCUCCCGCGAAAUGAGACUGACGCCAUUUUUUCCACCACGUCCCCCAUUAACAAGAGCUUGAGACUAACACAGAGUCACGUGCUGCUGUCUGUUUGUAUCUUCAGUUUGUUGCUCCACAGUAUUAAAUAAGAGACUCGUCCAUGACGGAUAAAACCUUCAUGGCAGAAAGUUGACUCGUUCCAGUUGGGCUUUACGUUCCUUAAAAUGAAGUGUUAAUUGUUCAACUUUUUUUCAGUUGAUAAAAAGGUUUCGUGAUUUCUGCAUUAAUGUUUGCUAUGUGAAAAUCCAGGAUGUGCAAGCGUCAGUAAUGUGGGUUCAAAUCUUUGGAGCCAUGUCCCUUAAACUGUGUGAAAAAUUCAGAAAGGGCAAUGUUGGGGUAGAAAGUGGGAUAUUUAUGUCAAAACUGAAACAAACCUGCACAAUUUUGUCUUUAAUCAAUGUGAGUUGUGUUUUAUACAUUUGUAUAGAUAUAUUUAUUUUUUUAUCAUCCAUUUGUUGUAGGAAACCUUAACAGUUUGUUAAAUGUUAUCCCUGUAGAUAAAGCAUUAUGCAAGAGGUCAAGCUACACA